UGACGCUUCAAAAUUUGAAUUUCAAAUUGUAAACUUUCAAACUCCUAGGGGGCUCCAUAACCUGAAGUGCAAACUGGGCGAUCGGUCUCGUCGAGAAAACGGCUCUGGCUGGCUCCGCGGACCGGCAGUGAUAAUAAUACUCUUUACGCUUUUCCGCUACUACAUUGACCAUGGCCGACGACUCGCUCCAGCAGGUGUACCAGCGCAUCACAAGCAGAAUUCAGGAGAAGCAGAAGCAGCUCGCCCAGAUCGAGGCCCAGAUCAGCCUGCACCAGCGCGAGACACGCCUGGCCGGCCUGACUAAGCGCGAGCUUGAGGGCCUGGGCAACUCCGUGCCCAUGUACAAGUCGAUGGGCAAGAUGUUUGUGCAGGAGACCAAGGCGGACCUGCUCGCGGACCUCGAGAAGACCACGACGGAGUCGGCCACGAUGCUGACAGCGCUCGAAAAGAAGCAAAAGUUUGUCAAGCGCGAGCUCGACGACGCUACAGGCAACCUGCGUGAUAUUGUCAUGUCGUCGCAGGCCGCCGCCGCCAGGGCAAAGUAAAUGUCUUGGUUUUAUUUCCUACUCAGCAUGUCUCUUUGGAAUCCCCCACUUCUCAAAGCAUACAUCAGCCACCUCCU